GCUCAUGAACACAAGCCCACACGGUCAUCGUCAUCAACGAGAAUGUUUUGUUGUUUGUUGUACUUCACCACGAGCGGGUUACUCGAGUCUGGGCUCAAAAUCAUCAAGAGGUCCAUCGUCUAUUGUUCUACGAGAUAAAUAAUCAAAUAGCUGCGUUUUUAAGGAAUCGAUGAUGACUGAGCAACCCACGUGUAUGUUUCCCAACUGAAAGAAAGCAAGCAUCAUCUUCACCUCCAAGAUUCGAUUCGAUUUCAGCCCUUCAGCUUGAGUUUGAAGCCGAGAAGAUAUGGGGAGUGCGUCGUCCUUGUUGACUCAAUAUGAUAUCGAGGAAGUUCAAGAAUACUGCAAUAAUUUAUUUUCCCAGCAAGAAAUAGUGGCCUUGUACGAAAGAUUUUGUCAACUUGAUCGUAGUGCGAAAGGAUUUAUUUCAGCAGAUGAGUUCUUGUCUGUUCCUGAGUUUGCUUUGAAUCCACUUUCUCAGCGGCUGCUCAAGAUGGUGGAUGGUUUGAAUUUUAAAGACUUCGUAGCCUUCUUGUCUGCAUUUAGUGCCAAAGCAAGUGCACAGCAAAAAAUAGAACUUAUCUUCAAAGUAUACGAUUCAGACCGUAAUGGAAAGGUGUCUUUCAAAGAUAUGUUGGAAGUCCUAAAGGAUCUGUCUGGUCCAUUCAUGUCUGAUGAACAGAGAGAGCAAGUCCUGAACCAAGUUCUCAAAGAAGCAGGAUACUCAAAAGAUUCCUACUUGACAUUGCAUGACUUCAUUAAGGUUCUUGGUGGUUCUGACCUAAAAAUGGAUGUUGAAGUUCCUGUUGAUUAGGAUAGCCUGCAAUUUUCUCAGCUUUCUUGAGAAACAAAAUUAAUCCUUGUAACAUAGUUUAUAUUGAAAUGAAAGUAUACAAAUACCAAUGUUCCUUUUCAUCUUGGGAAUCAGGUCUUAUUAGCCACAAACAGUACAAGAUUUGAGGGUUAAAAAAGGAAGGAGAAAUAGAAGUAUGCAAUUCUAAUAGAAUGCGGCAGCAUUUCAUUCUUC